AUGCCUGUAUUUGAUACAAUUGAAAAUAAAAUCAAAAUAAAACGUGCAUCAUUAGUAACUAUGCAAGACCGCUUAAUUAUGUUUGGUAAAACAGUUGAAAUAACAAAUAUAUUAAUAACAAUUAAUCAAGGUUUUUAUUCUCCACUUACGUUAAGUAGUUAUUUAAUGGUUAAUAAUGUAUCAACAUCAGUCUUUUCUGCAAAUUAUAAAGUUUCAUCAGCAACAGUACAGUUAGGAUUUUUACCAAUUCGCGUUUAUUAUCAUAUAACACGAUGGAUGUAUGGAAAUAACUAUAAUCCAUUUGUAGAAAUACAAGAUGGUUUACAUCCAAUUCCUCAUUUUUAUAAACAACAACAAGCUAAAAUAAGAUUUAUAUUUUUGGAAUUCCCAAUAUAUUUAUUUUCAACUAUUAUUAUAUUGUCAUUAUUAUACAUUUUAUUCAAAAAUGGACAAUUAAAUUAUGAUUAUGAUGACCAACCAGAUCAAUCAAAUUCAGAUGAACCAACAUCAUUACAAGAUGCCAUUGCAAGAACAUUUAAUAGAUUUUUAGAUAAAUCAUUAACUGUUAAUCAUUGGAAAUGUGGCAUCGAUUUGAACUUGAAUACGUGGAGAACCAAAUUGUUUAGCCGAAACCGACACGAUCAAAAUAUUGAACAACAAGAAAGAAAUACAAUGUUACAAUAUGCCAUUAAUAAUUGUACAUCUGUUGCUGAAUUAUUCUUCCACAUGUAUCCAGAAAAAAUUAACAAUUAUUCAAUAACACCUGAACCAAUAAAACCAACACCAUCAAAUAUUAUAAUAAAAAUCAAUAAUGAUUUAUCAGAUAUAAGUGAUGAUGAAUUACCAGAAAUAUGUAUUCCACGAUUCAACAACAAACAACAAACUACACAUCAAUCACAUGAAUUAAUUAUAACAGCUACACAACAAGAAAUGAACGAAAUUAUUUUAACAACACAACCUGAAUAA